AUGGGCCAUCUUCCCAUCAUGUUUGAGUUUCGCAAAGAGUAUCCAGGAGACAUCAAUAUUAGUAACUUCCACCCAUGGAUCAUCAAUAACUACCAGAGAUACUUUCCGGAAAUGGACCACUGCCCUCCAGUCAUUUAUCUGGAUCUCUGGCCUACGAAGAAUCUUGACAAGCAUCAAAUCUCCCUCGACUUCAUGAACCCGCUGACCAAGGGUUUAGACAUCGCUACCCUUCAAGGCGAUGAGUGGAAGAAAUGCCGAGGCUGGUUCAACCCCGGCUUCAGUUCGAGAAAUGUUUCGUCAAUGGUUCCUGAUCUUAUCGAAGAGAUUAAGGACUUUGCGGAUAACUUGCAACAAAAGGCCGGCUCUAAUGGAUCGUGGGGUCGCAUGUUUCAGCUCCGCAACAUGACGACGGCUCUUACUUUUGACAUUAUUGUCCGUGCAGUCUUGGAUGAGCGUCUCCACGAGCAGACAAAUACGACUGCUGGCCCUCUCAGAGUGGCACUUGCUGACCAGUUGAGGCUCAUGGGCAUAAGACAAGCCUUCAGUUUCGGCUACUUGUUCCCAUGGCAGAACAAAGCCGUGGAUCGUAACAAUCGCAUUGUUCAACACCAGCUUCAACCCAAUAUUGUACGAUCUCUGGAAACCGGUCUCAAACCAUCCAAGAAGAAGACGGUGCUCAAUCUCGCUUUGAUGCAUUUAGCAGAAGAGGCAGGUGGGCGCCCGAUUGACCCAACUACCGACCAACUCAUGAUGGACACCAUCUUGGGCAAUCUGAAGACCUUUCUUGUUGCGGGCCAUGAGACAACUGCCAGUGCACUGUGCUUCAUGUUCAAGGUUCUCCAGGACAACCCAGACUGCAUGGCCAAGGUCCGCACCGAACACGACGAGGUACUGGGUCUAGAUCCCGACCAAGCUGCUGACAUUCUGAGCAAGUCACCUCAGCUCCUCGGCUCCCUUCGGUAUACACACGCCGUGAUCAAGGAGACUCUCCGCCUGUAUCAACUUGCCUCCACCAUGCGAGGAGGAGAGCCGGGAUUUUAUCUCAGUGAUACUACUACUGGUCUGCAGUAUCCCACCGAAGGGUUUCUUGUGUGGGAUGGCGGCCCGGGUAUGCAGCAUGACCCGUCCCUAUGGCCGCACGUUGAUCAGUUCAUUCCGGACCGCUGGCUUGUUCCUGCCGAAGACCCGCUUCAUCCCGUGAAGGAUGCCUGGAGGGCAUUUGCCCGCGGUCCUCGGGAUUGCAUCGGUCAAGAGAUUGCUCUGGUUGAGAUCAAGCUGGUCGCAGCCUUGAUCAUGAGGAAGUACGAUGUUGAAGAGGCCUGGGAUGAGUGGGAUGCUCUCCAAGGGCCUAAAGCCAAGAAAGAUAUGGUCCGGGGACAAAGGCUAUAUGUGGCUGGAGACGGCAUCGGGCAUCCCAAAGAAGGCAUGCCAGUUCGCGUUACGAUAUCAUCAGGUGCACGAAAGUACAGUAUGACCGCACACACUCCAUAG